UCGUGUGUGGUGUUUUAAAACGAAACCGGUUGGUUGAUAAAGAAAAUCUAGCGUGGAACGAAAAACCCUCCGUCGAGCAGUAUUCAGAGUGAGUCGCUCGGAUCCAGUUCUUGAGCGGCAAUUACAGAGUAUAUAUAGUAACGAUGAUCUGGUUGCUGUGGCUAUCGGUGGCCCUAAGUGUGCUCGUCCAUUGGAUCUACAAAGUAAACAAAGACUACUACAUACUGGCUGCCUUUGCCAGGAGAGUGAGGACCAAGGAUGGCCGGCCCCUGGAGAGUGUGCUGCCCAUGCCCAAAGGUCGCACCAUAUUCGCCAAUAGCUUCGAUUUGUUUGGCAAAGAUGCCGCCGGAGUUUUUAGUCACCUUCGAAGGCAGGCCAGCGACUGUCGCGAGAGCUAUCUUCAGUAUGCCAUGGGUUGGUCCACUUACAACAUUAUCGAUGCCCACAAUGCAGGCAAUAUACUGAAUCAUCCGAACCUGAUAAGCAAGAGUGCCAUCUAUAACUUUCUGCAUCCAUUCCUCAGACAGGGGGUAUUGACGGCCACAGAAAAGAAAUGGCACAAACGAAGGAAUAUGCUGACGAGAACCUUUCACUACGAUAUACUGAACCAGUUCCAAGAGAUCUUUGUAGCGGAAAGCCUGAAGUUCGUUGCCCAGUUUGAAGGCCAAAAUGAGUGCACUGUCUCGCUGAAAGAUCGCCUGGAUAGAUUCACCCUGAACAGCAUUUGUGAAACUGCAAUGGGCAUUAAAUUGGAUGAAAUGGCCGAGAAGGGCGAUCGUUACAGGGAAAACUUCCUCAAGAUUGAUGAGAGCUUCAUCCGGCGCAUAAUUAAUCCUCUUUUCUGGGACGACUGUGUGUACAACCUAUUUGCAGCCCGGGAAUAUGAAUCAGCCCUUAAGGUGGUCCAUGACUUCUCCAGUGAGAUUAUAGCCAAGAGACGCGUGCUCCUAGAGGAGGAGCUGGAAUACAGAAGGGCUACCCAGACGGCGGAUGAUGAUAUGUGUGUGAUCAGAAAGAAGCGCUUUGCCAUGCUGGACACCUUGAUUUGUGCAGAGAAAGAUGGUCUCAUUGAUCAUAUAGGCAUCUGUGAGGAGGUGGACACUUUGAUGGCCGAGGGCUUUGAUACCACCUGUAUAGGCCUGGUCUUUAGUCUGCUGAAUAUGUCUGCUUAUGCUGAACAGCAGGAGCUAUGCUAUCAGGAAAUUCAGGAGAAUAUAGAAGAUGACUUGAGCAACCUGAACAUGGGUCAGCUAAAUAGACUGAGACACCUGGAAUACUUUAUAAAGGAGACCAUGCGCCUGUAUCCUUCUAUACCCAUUAUGGGACGUCAAACUAUUGAGGAGACGGAACUGGACAAUGGCCUUAUCCUGCCCAAGGGUUCUCAAAUUAAUAUACAUGUCUAUGACAUCCAUCGCAAUCCCAAGUACUGGGAUUCCCCCGAUGAAUUUCGUCCCGAGAGAUUCCUGCCCGAGAACUGUCAGAACAGGCACACGUACGCCUACAUUCCAUUCAGUGCUGGUCAAAGAAACUGCAUCGGCCAAAAGUAUGCCAUGCAGGAGAUGAAGACCCUGCUGGUGGUCAUCCUCAAGCAGUUCAGGAUUCUGCCAGUUAUCGAUCCCAAGUCCGUUGUCUUUCAAACAGGCAUAACCCUGCGCUUCAAGGACACAAUAAAGGUCAAGCUCGUGAGGCGGAUGUGAUUUGUAUAUCCCAUCGAUUUAAGGAGAUUAUAUAUAUAGUAUAAAUACA